AUGGGAAUGGAGUUACAUUCUACGGGGACUUUUUGUUAUGAUGCUGAUUGCGAAGAGUACAGCGUCGUGGUAGCCUAUGAAACUCAAACAAUUUACGUAGUAGAUUGCAAGACGGGUAAAGAACGGAAGCUAAAGAAUGCUGCUCUUCCUAACGGACAACUCGACUUUAAACUGUUUAAUAGAGAAGCAGGGAAGGUUGUUUGUGGUGUACCUCACUGGGUGGUGAGGUUUCACGAUUUUCAGAAUUCAAGGGUUCAAGGAGAGAUCCUUUACUUUGAUAACAAGGAAGAAAAGUUUAAGCAGAUGGCUCGGCCAAAUCAAGGAGGAGGUGAGGAGAAAUAUAUGCUCGGUCUAGCAACCUUGGAAGGAGAACGACAACUUGGAAUCGUGUUACACCAUUUGAGCACGUCUUCUCUUGAGGUAUGGGUGAUGAAGGAGUAUGGAGAGCCGGAAUCAUGGACUAAUUUGUUCGUGAUUCCAUACUUAAGUGAUAUUGCUAGUUUAUUUGGUUUAAUGGACGUGCUUGGAUUUAUGCCCAAUGGGGAACUUUUGAUUCAAAGCUUGGAUAUAUGGGCUCAUGAUCUUGAAAAUGGCACGUCGAGGAUGAUACAGAUUAGGGAUGGGGUCGCACAACCACGUUAUGUUGUUGUUGAAUAUGAACCUAGUUUAAUUUCGAACCCUAGAUCAGAGAAGGCUAGGAACUCAACACCGAAGACUUGA